AUGUUUGACUUUCUACACCGUGACUGUCAUCUCAUCUUCAAGGCUCACUGCGUUUGCGGGGCACUAGCGUUUUUACUGAGCUCAUGCCGCCCCACUACCUGUGAUCUCGUUGUCGCGUCUCGCAAUUGGCGAGAAUUUCGGGUCGGGCUUAUUGUAAACACUGACUUUGUUUACCUCAUAUUCCUCAACCCCGUCUGUAGUCUGUCCAAGUGCUGGGGGCGUGAGUGUCAGCUGGUGGAGGAGAUGGCGACCGCGACGACCCAGGUGGUGCAAGGCAGCAUAGAUGGCAGAAAACGACGUGCUGGUUCCUUAGGGUUUGUUUGGUGUGUGGUUGUGACGAUACGCUUGAGAGUUGUUUCCUUCGUGUGUGGCUGAAAAUGUAAUGACGUCAGAGCGCCGCCAUUGCACGUGUUGAUUCCGCUGAUGGUGCUGCUCUUCAUAAGUAAAAUUGAGCUCUCCAUCGGCCAUAGCGAGGGAGAUACGAGGCUUCAAAGGUCGUUUAAUGAUUUACAGUUUUUCAGUGUCAAAAAAUACUUUUAAUUUUUUUUGGUUUGUGGUUUAAAAGAUAUGCCAAAAUGAACAGUUCUGGUUUGUGGGUGAGGUUAAUGAAAGUUUUAUGGGUUUUGUGGCUAAAUAUUAAACUUAACCCACUCAGUACUGAGACACAUUUUUGCCGUGAGAUAUGUGUGUGAUUAGACCAUUUUAUUUACAUUAGGAAGGGUCUAUGGAGGUCAGAAGAUAAUAGCCAGUUUCUGCAGCAAGUUUCUACAGUUUAAUGAUGUAGAAAACUUGUCACUCUGCCUCUAGAACCGUAAAAGCACCUUAAAAACAUCUUAAAAAACUCGUGUAAACUUAAGCCUUUUGAAAUAGUGGAGGUGAAGCACAGAAGUGUUUGAGAAUACGAGCUAGCAUAUGUCCUGGCGUGACUGAGCCGAGACAGUCACGCGAGGCCUCACUCCAUCAACCAGAGUAGUUAGGAGGGUUGCAGUGUCUUUGUCGAGGAAGCUGUAGGCUGAUUCUUGCCCUAUUAUCUCAUUAGCCAAGUAGUUGUUGACGGAAUUGGAGUUAAGGGCGUUCGUUAUGCAGUAGCCGUGAUGUCAGUUCAGUGCCGCAGAACCGUAGCUCUCACACUUCGGCGCCGGACCUCCACUACGUUCAAAGGCCUCUACUUGAAGUGACACUGGUUUUUAAUUGUUUUUUUUCGGUUCUAGGGACAGACUGGUGAGAUUUCUGCUGUAUUAGCUGUCUGUGGCUUUUGAAAAUA